GAGUUUGGAAACAUUUGCAAGUUCUCUGAUUCUGAGCAAUGUUUUGAUGAGAAGAGAUAUCCCCAAUCUAACCAAGUACCAGAUAAUUCUGGCCAGAGAUCAAUUUAGGAAAAACCCAUCUCCAAAUAUUGUGGGAUGUCAUCAAGGCAUAAUUGACGGCGAGUAUGCCAUUUGUAUUAGUUUAUAUCAUGGUUAUGAACUACUGCAGCAUAUGGGAAUGAGAUAUUUUUUCCUUUCUGGAAUUACGCAUGGAACAAAAGUGGAGGCCAAUGACAUGAGAUGAUGAGAAAGGACAGGAGCUGUACAGAGAAAGUCAGCAGGCAAGAGGAGGAAGAGUGG